AUGGCACCUUUUUCUUUUAUAAAAACAUCUACAUUAAUCUUUGCAUACUUAUUCUUAUGGUAUCAAACCAAUUAUCAACACCAGGUGAGUGCAUUAAGCACAUUAAAGGAUGAUGAUAUAUCGGAUGGAAGCGGUUUAUAUUCAUCAGAGGAAGAUAUAAAUAAUGGAAAUGUUGGUUUGAAAACAGCACAAGGAAAUGGAACUAAUGUUUCAAGUGUGGAGUAUGGGGAGUGUCGUCCUCCCCAAGGAGGAGUAGGUUCCUCCGCCCAUUCGGCAGAGAAGAACACCCCACGAGAAGAAAAAAAUAUAAAGGAUAAAUUUCAAAAAAUUUGUAAAAAAAUUUUUUGUCGUCGUUCCAUGAAACAUAGAUGUAUACAAUUAUUAAUAUUGGGUAUUUUGAUCCUGUGUGUUAUCGUUAUUCCGGGGGUAGCCUCCUUAGCCAUGAACUCCACGGGAUCCACGGGAUUUUCAGCGGUUAAAAUUAUAGGACUCGGAGUCGCCGCAGUUAUAAUCCUAGGUCUCCUUAUAUUAGUAGGUUACCUUGAAAUCCUAUAUUGUAGAGCGCGCGAUAAAUACUUUGAAAAAAAAGAAAACAACAAUAUUCUAAAAUAUUCAAAAAAAAAAAAAAAAGAACAGAAUAAUAAAAUCAAAAAUAAGUUAACUUCUUUUUUUUUAAAAAUACAAUGA